CCCGGAUGGCCCGGAAAGAAAGGGCUUGUUGUAAAUAUAGCUAAUAAAAUGUAUUGAAAAGCCUGGGAAAUAGGUCAGGAUUUAUAAAACACUACAAAACAGAGACCUCUAAAAUGAGAGGCGAAUAUCUUCGACAAUCCACUAUGGCAAAUAUUUUUAAGAAAAUACUUAAUUGGAACUUUAUAAAAGGUUUGGUUGUGAAUCCAAAACAGCUAACAUUUGUAGCAUUUCUGAUCGUGGUAGCGGAAUUGGUGCUCAAUAUAUUUAUAGUCGAAAAGGUCCCCUACACAGAAAUCGACUGGAAAGCGUAUAUGCAGGAAUGUGAAGGAUUUCUAAAUGGAACUCUGGAUUACAGUAAGUUGCGAGGAGACACCGGGCCACUAGUGUACCCAGCUGGUUUUGUUUACAUUUAUUCAUUGUUCUAUUUUAUAACAAGUCGCGGAGAAAACAUUAGAUUGGCGCAAUACAUAUUUAUAUUCAUAUAUUUACUUCUACUAGUCUUGGUGUUACGAAUCUAUGUUAAAACUAAAAAGGUCCCACCUUAUGUACUUGUUAUUACCAUUCUGACUUCUUAUAGGAUUCAUUCAAUUCACGUUUUGAGGUUGUUCAAUGAUCCCAUUGCUGUUCUAUUUCUAUAUGCUUCCUUAAAUUUCUUCCUAGACUCUAAAUGGUAUUUGGGAAGUAUUUUCUACAGUUUAGCAGUGUCAAUAAAAAUGAACAUUUUAUUGUUUGCACCUGCUCUUUUCUUCUUUUAUCUUGUAAAUUUAGGAUUAAAAGAGACUGUCAAACAUUUAUCUUUAUGUGGGAUUAUACAAGUUCUUCUAGGUUUACCGUUUUUACUUAAUUCUCCAAAAGCAUAUUUAAAGGGAAGCUUUGAUGUAGGAAGAGUAUUUAAUCAUACUUGGACUGUUAACUACAGAUUUCUAAACAUCACAACAUUUGAGAGUGCAUAUUUUCACAUUGCUUUGUUGUGUGUACAUGUUAUGCUAUUAUUAAUUUGUCUGCCGAUGUGUAUAAAAUACUUCCAAAGUUAUUGUCGUCUAAAAUAUGUCCAGAGCCAAUUCCAGCCUCAAAUUGAUGCAAAAAAUUCGGAACUUGCUAGGAAAUCUAAAAUUAAAAAGCAAGCUAAAAACAAGUCUUCGGAACCAGAUGAAAAACUUUCAAAAGAUCAAAAAGAUUUUUUAAACUCUUUUGAAAAUCUAUUGAAAAAAAAUUCAAGUAGCUCAGGUCAAAAGACACAAAAAAAAGCUAAUGAUCAAGAUACACAAUUCAGCAUUGACUUUGAUAUUCUAGCGCAACUCUUUAUUCUUCCAAUGUUUCUUAUAAAUUUUAUUGGAAUUGUUUGUGCACGAAGCCUACAUUAUCAAUUUUAUUCUUGGUAUUUCCACUCUCUACCAUAUUUGCUUUGGUCAACGAGCUACUCUGUUAUAUUUAGGUUUUUGAUCUUAGCUCUAAUAGAAUUUUGCUGGAAUACAUAUCCGAGUACCGACUUAACUAGUGCCUUGUUACAUGUCUGUCAUCUAUUUGUUUUAUAUGGAGUUUGUAGGAAAAUGUCGAUUGAGCUGAGUGUAGCGGCUAAAGUGCAAUGAACAUUUAGUGAUAAUUUAAAUAAUAAAUUUUGUUGUCUUUUUGUAAUAAAUGAACCUUUUGCAAGAAA